GAUCAGUAUAGCAGUGUUUGGGUGUCUGAGUGGAGGACAGAGACUCAUGAUAGAGCUCAAAGCUGGAGAAACGGACUUUAUCACAGGUCGGAAUGUCGUUUCGCAUCAGGGCAGGAUUUUACCGCCAAGAGGUCAACAAAACAGUGUGGGAUGUUCCGGAGAGGUACCGAGAUCUGCUGCAGGUGGGCACAGGGGCGUACGGAACCGUCUGUUCUGCCAUUGACCGGAAGACGGGUGUGCGGGUGGCCAUCAAGAAACUCCAUCGUCCGUUCCAGUCCAGGCUCUUCGCCAAGCGAGCUUACAGAGAACUGAGACUGCUCAAACACAUGAAGCAUGAGAACGUGAUUGGGCUGUUGGAUGUCUUCACUUCCGAAAUAUCGCUGGACAGGUUCCAGGAUUUUUACUUGGUGAUGCCUUUCAUGGGCACUGACCUUGGGAAGCUGAUGAAGAUGGAAAGAUUGUCUGAAGACAGGGUGCAGUUUCUGGUGUAUCAAAUGCUGAGGGGCCUAAAGUACAUUCAUUCUGCUGGGAUCAUUCACAGAGAUCUAAAACCAGGAAACCUGGCUGUCAACCAGAACUGUGAGCUGAAGAUUCUCGAUUUUGGGCUGGCCAGGCAGGCGGACUCAGAGAUGACGGGUUAUGUGGUGACUCGGUGGUACCGAGCACCCGAGGUCAUUCUUAACUGGAUGCGCUACUCGCAAACAGUUGACAUCUGGUCAGUUGGUUGCAUUACGGCAGAGAUGCUCCUUGGGAGGCCGCUCUUCAAAGGAAAUGAUCAUCUGGACCAGCUGAGAGAAAUCAUGAAAAUCACAGGAACGCCAGCGCCGGACUUCAUCAUGAAGCUACAGAGUCAGGAUGCAAAGAAUUACAUUAGAAGUCUGCCCAAAGUGCCAAAGAAAGACCUGCACACCAUUUUCUUCAAAGCCAGCUCAGAUGUGGUAAGUGCCAUGGAACGGAUGCUGGUGUUGGACCCUGACGGGCGUGUGAGUGCUGCUGAGGCUCUGGAGCUCCCGAUGUUCUCAGAUUUCAGAGAGCCAGAGGAGGAGACAGAGGCGCUACCCUAUGACCAUUCCAUGGACAACACUGACCUGCCUCUGGAGCAGUGGAAACGUCACACCUUUACAGAGAUCCUCUCCUUCCAGCCUCCACUCACAGAGCUCAGAGACUCCAAAGAGACUUCUCUCUGAGGGCACGAGGCUUUUUGUCGUGUUUCGUAUGUCAUUAAAACAGCAGAAUCACUCCGGAACAGUUUAGUUUACUGCUCGUUCUUGUUCUUUGUGAAGGUUGUAUAUCUUUAUUAAAUACUUUAGAAAGACAUGAAGCAGUUUCUGAAUGAAAUGUACAGAAUCAGAAUGUUGGCUGGUAUUUAAUGUGAAUAAAGAUGUUGAAAUAUU